CACCACUCCCCCUCCUCCCUCCUCCCUCGCCAUGGCGCACCUCGCUGGCACGUCGGCCUCCGCGCUCGCCGGCAGCUCGCGCAGCGCGUCCGCACUGGUGCGCCGCGCCUUCGGCUCCGCACCUCGCUCCUUCUGCUCCUCCUCGGUGCGCGCCCAGGCCUCGCCCGCCGCCAGCAGCUCCCUCUCCACCGCGCUCCUCCUCUCGCGGCCGCCGACGAUUCUGCGCGAGCCGAGUGCCUUUGAGGCGGCCUACUUUACCUACAACGCCAAGGUGGCGCGCGCACUCGCACAGCCCUUCCCAAAGGACUUCUACUUCCAAAAGGGCAGUGCCGCCGAGCAGCGCUUCGACGACGAGGAGAAGGCGCGUGCGGCGGCCCUGGCGCCGCAGACGCACGCAGAGGCAGGCAAAGGGGGCAACGCGAAGGCUGAGCCGCCGCAGCCGAGUGCACCGACGACGACAACGUCGGAGCACGAGGCGGAUCUCUACGCCACAAGCCCGCGCCGCACAGAGGCAGAUGAGCACAACGACACGACGAGCCUGCAGCGCGCCCUCGACAAGACGCUCUUUCUGCUCAUCAAGGACACGCAGGGCCGCUGGCGCUUCCCCACGACGCCGCUGAGGGGCGACGAGGAGCCGCUGCAUCGCGUGGCACCAAGAGCGGUGCACGAGCCCUUGGGCGAGGACAUGGACAUCUGGCUCGUCUCCAACUUGCCCAUUGCGGUGCUGCCGUCUGGCGCAGAGAAGACCUACUUCCUCCGCGCCCACAUCCUCGCCGGCCAAGCCUCCUCCUCCACCAAGGCCGAGUAUGCGUGGCUGACGCGCGCCGAGGUCGAGGAGCGCCUCAAGGGGGACAGCGCGUACUUUGAGGGGACGCGGGAACUGCUUAGCGAGUAGAAGGCGGGAACGGGUGGAAGAGGAGGACAGUGGGGGCAAGGAAGGGAAAGGGAGAAGGGUAGGCAGGGAGGCAGUCGCAAGAGCGGGGGAGAGGCUCUCUGUUCGGGGGGCCAGCGCAGGGCACGCGUUGAAGGACACCGCAACGAUGUAUCAUUGUGUCUCCUUCGCCUCCGAAGCCUCCCGGAGCGCCUCUCUGAGCACCUCAUACCUCCUCCUCGCAAUGCCCAGCGCGAACUCGAGCGUCUGCUCAUCGUCCAGUCGCGUCCCCUCCGGGUGCGUGGCAGGAGCUUCGGCGUCUGCGCGCGCGAUGGUGGAGCAGACGCCUUGUUGUUGAAGCAGCACCAGCUUUGCUUGCGCAGCGGAGUCGGCAGAGGCGCCGGCGGAAGAAGACGACGAGAGAGCGAGAACGAGACUGGAGUCGAGCAGUGCCGACUCGAAAGCCGUGGGGUCUGCAAGGAGAUGUG